CUCCACCCCCGCAUGACCCCUCCCCUCCACACACUCUUUGCUCCGUUUUGUUUAGUUGUGAAUGCUGCGUCCUGUCCUGGUGACAGGAGAACAAUAUUGGUGAACGUCGCAGCGGGUGUCUGAGUGCUCCGUGCGCCCCUGGGAGAGGGUGGGAGCGGAACCUGGGGCCUGAGGGCUAUGGCGAUAGCGCGCUAUCUGCUGUUGCAGCGCCCGUCCGCGGCCUCGGGGUUAUUUCUGGCCGGGCUACAGCACUGUGGUCUGGGCGGCGGGCGCGCCGGGGCCUGGUAGGGGCAGGCGGCUUUAUCGCCCGGCUCUCCCCCUAACGCCUCCCGCACCAGAGCCAGCCGUGCCGCCGUCCUCUCGUCAUGGGCUCCGGUGAGUCGGUCCGGUGGGGCUCCUUGUGCAGACCCAGGUUGGGAGACGCUCUGGUCGUUUGGGUUGCAGCAGGGAGAUACCUGGGUCAGCCUUAGAGGGGACUUCCACAUGGCGCGCGUGGUCAGGGUGGAGAGGCUUGCAGGCUAAGGUGGCCGCGGGCCUCGGGAGCUGGAUGGAGCCGGGCCUGCGCUCUGGGUGCACAGGGACGCCGCCCAGGUGCGCCGCCGGCCGCCUGGCUCACCGCGCGCUUCCCUUCCAGGGUCGCACGGGGCGCUGAGCUUACUGCUCCUGCUGCUAGCGCCGCCGAGCCGCCUGGCCGCGGGCUGCCCCGCGCCCUGUAGCUGCGCAGGGACGAUCGUGGACUGCGGGCGGCGCGGGCUGACGUGGGCCUCGCUGCCGGCCGCCUUUCCUCCGGGCACCACCGAACUGGUGCUGACGGGUAACAACCUGACGGCGCUACCGCCGGGGCUGCUGGACGCGCUGCCCGCGCUGCGCGCCGCGCACCUGAGCGCCAACCCCUGGCGCUGCGACUGCCACCUGGUGCCGCUGCGCGCCUGGCUGGCCGGCCGCCCCGAGCGCGCGCCCUACCGCGACCUGCGCUGCGCUGAGCCUCCUGCGCUGCGCGGCCGCCUGCUGCCCUACCUGGCCGAGGACGAGCUGCGCGCGGCCUGCGCGCCGGGUCCGCUCUGCUGGGGGGUGCUGGCGGCGCAGUUCGCGCUUCUCGGGCUCGGGCUGCUGCACGCGCUGCUGCUGGCGCUGCUGCUGUGCCGCCUGCGGAGGCUGCGCGCCUGCGCCCGCGCCGUGUACCGGCUGUCGCUCACCGCCCCGCUGGUGGCGGAGCCCGCAGGAGCCGGCGCGUCCUGA